AUCGGAAAUUCCCAAACAUACCUCCUAGUCUCCUACCAUCUUUGCUUCAGGAGGCUAAAACCCUCGUCUCUUUUCUCACACAUCAAAACCCACUUUUCACGUCUCUCUCUCUCUUUCUCUUUCUCUUUCUCUCUGUAUCUACUUUCUGAAUUUUCUGUGGUUCAAUUAAUCACAUAAAAGUGAGAUGAAAAUGCGGGAAAAAAAGGGAGGUGCGAAACCAGAAGGAGGAAGUUCUUCGCGAAGUGGUUUAGAAUUAAAUGGAAUUCCUUUGAAUUUCCACUCUAUUAUGAAGGAAGUUCAGCUUCUAGGCUCCUCUGAUAUGACAUGGAAAGAGAGGAAGGAUUUGCAGAAUAAGAAGGUUGCCUCUUUGGGUGGAAAGGCAAUUAAGAGUCAGAGAUUACCUCUUAGCGUAGCGAGGCCAAUGAUGAAAAAUCAAAAGAAAAGAGAAGAAAAGAUGUUAGAACAGGAGAUACUAAUUGGACAUUGUGGGGAAAAUCUAAUUAAAAGGACCAAAAAACCUGAAGAGAAGCGCAGGCCUGAAGACGGAGUGUUGAAAUCAAGUGAAGGACGUUUCCGAAACGGAGUUCUUGAUGUAAAACAUUUGUUACGAGCUGCUCCACCUUCAAGAGAUGAUGAUCGUGGUCCUCCUCCUAUGGUCAGCAAAGGGAUGAAAAAGAAAGGUGGUAAAAAGAAGGGUGGCAAUGGCAAUAGGAAAGGUGGUGGGAAAAAGCGCCACUAAGCAGAUUAUUGAGCUUGAAAAAUGCAGAAAUUGGAUACAUUCUGAUAGAAGCACUCAGAAGAUUGCACGAGGGGAAUUACGUACUGCCAUGAUAUUCCUCUUUACGCUGGGGUUCUCAGGUGUAUGUGUAUCAUGAUAUCGUCAAUGCUUUGCUCAAUUUUUGAUUCAUGGCUGUGUUAGAGGUUGUAUGUUCAAGCCACUGACCGAUGGUUUUCAACUCAAAUGCUCGUGGCUCAAUCAUACUUGCUUUUUCCAAGUUGAUGUUGAAUUGUGGUCUUGUGGAUGAUAGUGGUGAUUAGGAUUUUUGUCAAACGACGAUGUAAAACUAAAACCCAGACAAAGUGUAUACUAAAUUUCUUAACUGUGCCUUCAGUUGCUCGGAUUAUGGAUUCUGUUCUUUUUACCAA